AUGCAAACACAUUUGCUAUUAAGAGAGAAUCCAAGAGCACUUGCUUUACGCCCCACCGUAUUAGAAGAAGCACCAUCGGGUGUAUUAGUGUUUGAAGAAUAUGGAGGGUCCAACAGUCGAGCCAUAGCUAAACUAUAUGGCCCAUCCGAAUUUGAAGAUCAACAAUGGCGUAUACUCAACUCGCGUCCAGUGUUUGGUUGCUUGGGUUUGAUUACGGUGCGAAAUGAAUGCUUUGUUGCCAUUGUCACAGAUUGUAUCUCUGUCGGAAGAAUUAGAGCAGGAGAAGAAGUCUACAAGAUUCAGUCAGUCUCAUUUUACUCGCUAUCUUCCAACAACUAUGACGACUUUGUGGACCCAGCAAGUUGGGAUGAUGACUGGGACCAGCCAAGCAGCAAUAAUGGCAAUGUCAUACAGCAUCCAUGCGCUCAAUUGCAAAAGCUCUUCUCGGUGGGUAGCUUCUACUUUACUCCGGAUUUCGACUUGACAAAGACAGUGCAAGCUCGCACCUCAAAAGCCUCUCUGGGCGUCCAUUCCUUUGAUGAGCACUUUUUAUGGAACCAAUUCUUGAUAUCAGGGCUAUUGGAUUUUAGAUCAAAGUUGGAUAGAAAGAAGCAGAUGGAUCUUGAUCGUGGUGGAUUUUUGGUAUUUGCCAUCAGAGGUUAUGUGGGGGUGGAAGUGGUGGAUAUAGAUAACGAGAAAUUUGAGCUGUCUGUCAUUUCAAAACUAAGCUGUCAAAGAGCUGGAACUCGAUUCAAUACAAGAGGCAUUGAUGAUAAUGGACAUGUCGCCAAUUUCGUAGAGACUGAAACGGUGUUGUACUCGGAUAGAAUUUGUUACUCGUAUACACAGAUUAGGGGCAGUGUGCCAGUGUUUUGGGAACAGCAGGGCAUGCAACUGGUUCAACACAAGAUUCAGAUAUCCAGAGGAUCUGCUGCAACACAACCAGCUGUAAAGAGGCAUUUCGAUGAACUACUCGAUCGUUAUCAUGCGGUGUGUAACAUCAACCUACUAGCACAAAGAGACACUUCAGGAGGCGAAACACUACUCAGCAAUGAAUUCAACACAGCUGUCCAUCAACUGGGCUACGACGAAAAGGCAGUAAAGAUGAUGAAUUUCGACUUGCACGCUGAAUGCCGAGGAGGCAAUUACGAGAACGUAGCCAUGCUGAUGAACGACAUCGCUCGCUAUCUGGAUGACUAUGGAUUCUUUUUAAUGGACACGGACGACAAUCAAAUCAUCUACACCCAAAAAGGCGUCUUCCGCACCAAUUGCAUGGACUGUUUGGACAGAACCAACUUGGUACAAAAUGUGAUAUCCAAGCGUGUGUUGAUCAACUAUGUGCAAGAUCGGUUCAAGGACAGACGCAUCCACUUGGAGCGAGUCAUAGCCCGACAUUCACAUUUGUGGGCAGAAAACGGUGACAGUCUGUCCAAGAUUUAUGCAGGUACAGGUGCUUUGAAAUCCGCCUUCACGAGAACAGGCAAAGUGACGUUUAUGAAUGUACUGAGUGACGCCACCAAAUCUGUCAAUCGAUUCUAUAUCAACAAUUUUCAAGACAAAGCCAAGCAGGAGGUUAUCGAUCAGUUGCUGGGCAAACUAGCAAAUCAAGCCAUCAUUGCCAUCCAUGAUCCCAUCAGCGACAAUGUGACCCGGCAGUUGACAAAGCGAGUCAAAGAGUAUUCCAGCAGUCGGCGUAUUACCAUCUUUAGUGGAUCGUAUAAUUUGAAUGGAAAGGGGUUUAAAGGAGAGUUAUUGGAUCCAUGGCUGCUGCAACAUUUUCGAUGGAACGAUGAUGAGCCAGAUAUCUAUGUGGUGGGUUUUCAAGAGAUUGUGGAGCUGUCACCGCAACAAGUCAUGGCAACAGAUGCAGAAAAGAGAAAGAUCUGGGAGCAGCAAAUUGAAACAACACUCAACUCCCGGUCAGGUGCUAAAUCAAAGUACACCAUGCUUCGAUCCAACCAGUUGGUGGGUGCUGCUCUUAUUGUAUUUGUAAAGUCAGACAUUGUGGACGAAAUUAGAAAUGUAGAGACUUCGAUCAAGAAGACGGGUAUCAUGGGCAUUGCUGGUAAUAAGGGAGCUGUAGCAAUUCGCAUGGAUUACGGUGACACAAGUUUCUGCUUUGUGGCUGCACAUUUGGCUUCAGGGCACUCCAAUGUAGACGAUCGCAACGCUGAUUACCAUACAAUUAACGAAGGUUUGCGUUUCUUGAGAGGCAAAACUAUCGAUAGUCAUGAUAAUGUCAUCUGGGUGAGCGAUUUGAACUAUCGCGUAUCCUUACCAAACGAGGAGGCUCGCUUAUACGCCAAGGAGGGUAAUAUCGAGGCUUUGUUUAGAAAUGAUCAGCUUCAACGAGAAAUGCGUCAAGGAAGGGUAUUCAAUGGAUAUCAAGAAGGUUGCAUCACUUUCUUGCCUACCUACAAGUACGACAAUGGAACAGAUGUUUAUGAUACCAGUGAGAAGCAGAGAAUUCCCGGCUGGACAGAUCGUAUUCUAUUCAAAGGGGCGCAGUUGAAUCAACUCCAAUACUCUCGUGCAGAACUAUACACAUCAGAUCAUAGGCCAGUACUUGCGUUAUUCGAAGCAGAUAUUCUCACUUUAGAUCAUGAUGCCAAGGUGAAAUUACAAAAAGAGUUAUACCAGAGCUUGAGCUCGAUUGAAGUUCGCGCCACACCUCCCCCCGAGCUUCCCAGACGCAAGCAUCCUGUACCAAGUACGACAUCCACCAAAUUAUCCGAUUCCUUUGUAGAUACACUGAUAGACCUUUCCUUUGACUCAACUGAUUUUCCUCCUCCAAGUACGGAUACCAAAAAGUGGUGGGAAGAUGGUCAAGAUAUCCCUAAAGCUGACAAGACGCGCGCUAGUAAUCACAAUCCAUUUGAGGAAGAUGGUUUCAUUCUGACAGGCGGAAGUAGUCUCAAGUUCCCAAGCUCUUUACAAUCAGAUGGUGAAUGGACUCCUCUGAGCCCACUUUCCUAUCAGGGCCCUUCUCUUGCCAAUGGAACUUGUUUGACAAACGAUAAAUCCUAUACCAAUGGCAGCAACAGCAACAAUGCAUCAUCAUCACCGGUCAUUACCACGCAUGGCAAUAACAGCAAUGUGUCUAGUGUCAUUGGAUUCUGGAACAACAAAUCCUAA